UGGUUUCCUUUAUAGAUUUCUAUAUAAACGAGCUCGGAGUCCCUGCAGAUAGAGAUUUAAAAAAACUGUUCAUAUCGCAAAGAAACAGACUUAUCUACAAGACAAGCCAUGGCUUCAUCAACCCCAAAGGAUGGCAAUCCAGCCGUCCCUAAUCUCCCAUACUUCACUCCACGCCAUGCUGCUGACCCAGGGGUUCCUUUCAAUGCCUCUUCCAGCACUCCAACACUCUUCGCGCCUCUCAAGAUUCGCUCAAAAAUACUCCGCAAUCGCAUCAUUGUGGCGCCAAUGUGCCAGUAUUCGACAGCCGCUACUGGUCCAGACAUUGGCAAACUCACAGACUACCACGUCGCAACCCUAGGACAUUAUGCUCUGAAGGGUGCCGGAUUGGUCUUUAUCGAAGCGACUGGCGUACAGCCCAAUGGGCGUAUCACACCGAACUGCCCAGGACUGUGGAGCGACGCCCAGACAGAAAGUGUCAAGCGUGUCUCGGAUUUCAUCAAGUCUCAAGGCGCACUAUCAGGUAUUCAACUUGCACAUGCCGGUCGCAAGUCCAGCACGAUCCCUCCCUGGAUUGCAGCAAGCUUUAAGAAGCCUUCGGUGAGGGCGUCAAAACAAGCAGGUGGAUGGCCCGAAGAUGUUGCCGGGCCUAUGGGCGGUCCCGAGAAUUCAUGGGAUGGCAAAGGAUUAGCUGAAGAUGGAGGGUUUUAUCCUCCCCGACAACUCACUGUUUCGGACAUACAAGAGACUAUUUCUGCGUUUGCCCAGAGUGCUAGACGUGCGGUCGAGGCGGGGAUCGACGUGAUUGAAAUUCACGCCGCUCAUGGAUACUUGAUCCACCAGUUUCUAAGUCCCAUCACGAACCGACGCACCGACCAGUACGGGGGUAGCUUCGAGAAUCGGACACGGCUGCUCAUCGAGGUCAUCGAAGCUGUCCGCGCUCAGAUGCCCACAGACAUGCCAUUGUUCCUCCGUGUCAGCUCUACCGAAUGGAUGGAAGAGUCUGACCUGGGUAAGAAAUAUGGUAGCUGGGACGUUGAGAGUACCAUGCAAUUAUCAAGGCAGUUACCAGCACUCGGAGUCGACCUGCUCGAUGUCAGCAGUGGCGGCAAUCAUCCCCAGCAACGGAUCAAUAUGUUCUCGUCAAAGGACUAUCAGACCAAGAUCGCCAAUCAGAUCCGACAGAUGAUGAAAGCGCAUGAGCUCAAGCUUCUGAUUGGCGCUGUUGGCCUGAUCACGGAGGCGGAACAAGCCCGAGACAUUGUCGAGGACGGACUUGACAGAAGUAUCGGGGAAGAGGCCAUCGCGGCCAAGGAGAUGACUGAUGCAAAGGGCGGUAGGGAGCCGAUGGCCGACGUGAUUCUCGUCGCGAGACAAUUUAUGAGAGAGCCCGAAUGGGUGCUGAAGGUGGCCUGGAAGUUGGGAGUUGAUGUCGCGUGGCCCAGUCAAUUCUUGAGAGUGAGAUUUCCCAAGAUUUGAAGCAAG